GGCACGCAUAGAGGAGGGAGAAAGUGAGCAAGCUUGGUCAAUAGACACAAACAGGUCUGACACACUGUCCGAGUUCAAACGUGCGGCCACGCUGAUGAAGACGAGGAAUCACCUGACCACCCUUCCGACGAGCAGACAAGUCACAAUGUUGUUGACCUUGAUCGUCUUCAAUGCCAUCUUCAGUGGAGGGUGCACGUCACUAACCCAGAGUACAUCACCCUCAACCGACGCUAUGGAAGAAGUACCCUGUUACAUCUCCAACGCAGGCCGCAAGGCAGACUGCCUGGGCAGGCAGCUGGAGAGCGUCCCAUGGAGACACUUUCCAUCCACGCUGGAGGACAUCGACCUGUCCUUCAAUAAACUCCAAGCAGUCCGUUCGGAGGACUUCCUGCACCUCCCUCGCCUCCGCGUGCUUAACCUGCACUUCAACAACAUCUCACACAUUGACAGUGACGCCUUCAGGAACAACAGCCUGCUGGAGCAUCUCAACAUCUUCAACAACUCCCUACGGGAGAUUCCUGCCUCGGUGCUAACGUCUAUGUUGAACUUGAAAUAUCUGUACAUGUCCAACAACCUUUACAAGCAUGCUACAUUAUCCAAGCGGUUUUCCAGGCUGGCCAAGCUGCAGGUUCUCUCCAUGGGCGGCGAUCUCGUGGAGGGUCUGAAGAAGGAAGACUUUCACCCACUAAAGAACAUCAAGUUACAAGGUUUUGCUAUCAAAUGCUCCUCCAAUUUAAGUUACUACGAGCCAGGAAGUCUACGGAUUAUCCAAACUGAGCAGAUGGGUUUCGACAUGGCCAUCGACCAGCGGCCAGGCACUCUUCUUCAAAUGCUGAAAGACCUCGCCAACAAGACCUUCACCGCCAUCCAGUUCCGCAACCUCUUUGGGUUCACAUACUACAUGGGAGACGAGGACAUCUUCCAGGGUUUAGAGGAAAUCACAGCCCACCAGUUAGUCUUCCACAGAGGAAAGUUCAACGAGAACCUCCUGAGGAUGGCGCUGACCAACUUGCAAGUCGCCCCCAUCAAGAGGGUCCGAUUCCAGUACAUAGACUUUGCGCGCUCGCCAACAUUCAUAGACAGUGGCGCCAAAUCCAGUAUCACGGACCUGAAGCUGGAAAAGCUGGAUCUCUGGUACAUCAGCAAUCCUGACAUUCUACGCUUUGACUGGCGCUUUACCUGGUUCAACAAGAUCAAACAGUUGUCCAUCGGCUUUGUUUACUUCAACUCAGUCCCUUGCGAUGCCUGGGUGGAGAUGGGCGGCGUGGAGAUCCUGGAUGUCUCCAACAACCGCCUGCAGGACGAAUACAUUUUCAACCAGAUCUGCGACAAUAGGGGCUCCAUGUUCAGCCUUCACACCUUCAACUUGAGCACCAACGAGUUGACCAGCUUGAGAGACUUGUCAGCGUUGACCAGGCAGUUCCGCCAGCUGCAAGUGUUGGACCUCAGUUACAACAAGUUGGGAUCCACCGAAAGCAGCCGCGGUUGCGUCUGGCAAGAAAACAUAAUCAGGAUCAUCGCUCACCACAAUCAAUUCACCACAGAAGCCCUCGCUUGUCUGCCCACCACAGUGCACUUCUUGGACCUAUCCUCAUGCAACCUGGACCAGCUAAACGUCACAUAUUUUGAGAAGGCUACCAAUCUGAGGGAGCUGAUUCUGAGCGACAACAAAAUCAAAUUCAUCCCAUCCAAAUGGGAGAGUCCAUCACUGCACAGACUGGCUUUGGAUGGGAAUUCCUUUGGUCUCAUCAGUAAGGAAUCAUUCCAGCACAUGCCUGGACUCUCUCACUUAAGGGCCGGGAACAACCCAUACCACUGUACCUGUGAGCUUCACGCCUUCAUUGAGGACACCAAGACCAAAAAGCAGAUCAACCUGACAGACUGGCCUGCGAACUACAAGUGCUACCACCCAGAGCCCUUUCUUAACACUGUCAUAUCCCAGUACUUCCCGAGCGAGGUGGCGUGCGAUGUCAGAUUGGUCAUCAUCAUCAGUGUCGUGACAACUGCGGCAGUCAUCCUCUUCCUGAUGCUUAUCUGCUACAUUUUCGACUUGCCGUGGUACACCAAGGCCACCUAUCAGAUCAUCAGGGCGAAAUACAGAGCGCACAAGGAGCUAGCCACCGGAGAGGCUGGACCUUUCGCCUAUCACGCCUUCAUUUCCUACAGCCACUGGGACGCCGACUGGGUGAGGGAACAGCUCCUGCCAUGUCUGGAGAACAAUCGGAACCCCUACCGACUGUGCAUACACGAGAGGGACUUCAUGCCAGGACGCUGGAUCAUCGACAACAUCAUCGAGAACAUCGAGAGCAGUCACAAGAUCAUAUUUGUGCUCUCCCGGCACUUUGUCAACAGCGAGUGGUGCAACUACGAGCUGUACUUUGCUCAGCAGCGAGCCAUGGGCAAGACGUUCAGCGACGUCAUCCUGGUGGUGAAGGAGCCCAUUGACCCGGGUACCCUGCCCAGCAAGUACUGCAAGUUGAAGAAGAUGCUGAGCACCAAAACGUACCUGGAGUGGCCUCAGCAGGCCAACCAGCAGGCCUUCUUCUGGGCGCAGCUGAGGAGUGUUCUGGGCAAGCCCACCAGGCACAGCAUCCGGAGAAGGAACUCAUCCGUGGGGGACAGCUCGCUGAAGGGGGCCGAAGGUCCAGAAGUGUCAGAUCUUGAUGGAGAAGCGGAGAACGUUAAUGACGGAGUGUUCAAUGGAAGACAAAUCCCUGCUGUGGCGUGAGGCCCUUGGUAAACCUAAACGUCUGGACACAAAAGGGCCCACGUGAACACGAUACCUGAACGCUGAAAGCACCCGACCCCCGCAGUGCACUUGGUUUUAAGGCACCAGUAUGGAAAGUCAUUUGAGCAUUCAUUCGAUAUCAUUAAUUUUCAGCUCAAGGUCUAUGUACUAGUACACUCUUUGUUCUCACAGGGUAACAGCAGAACCACUGUCUUACUAAUAAUGCUGUUGUUUUUUCCCCCCACUACUGCAGGGGUGUCAAUCUUAUUUUUGUCACAACAGGUUAUGGUUUCCCUCAGAGGGCCCUUAUGACUAUGAAAACCACAUACAGUAAAUGUAUUAUCACCUCACCAUAUUAUUUCAUAUACACACAAUUACUCCGGCAAUAGAGUGGUACAUACUGUUAACAACUAAUUUGAAAUCAGAAGUCAUGGAAAAUGAUGGAACACAAACAAUAAGUACACAACUGUUGUUCACUUUAUGGCAAUAAAAAAAAUGUAAAGUGAAGAAAAAUUGCAUGAAAAUAAUGAACCCAAGAAAGAUGAAGUAAUUGCUUAGGAGGGCCACAUAGUGGUGUGGCGGGCCAGAUCAGACCCCCGGGCCUUGAGUUUGAUAGCAUUCUCUGCUGCCUUCCACUGCUGUAAUACGUUUCUGCACAGUACUAAGACAACUACAUGUUACUAGUGAGCCAAAACUGUGCACUACUUGGCAUCUCCGCACUACUAGUACUACUACUGAAGCGCUGGACGUUAACUCGUUAACAUGAAGCUGUCCUACUCAUAUGCCAACGCUGUAUUACGAAUGAGGGCAAAGACUGAAAUAGUACAUGGACCUUAAGCUGGAUAUCAAGGAUAUUGAAUAAAUAUAUCCUUGACAGCCAGUAAGGAUAUCAAAUAAAUGCUCUAACAGCCUACUAAUUAAGAUCAAACUGAUGAAUCCCCCUGUUCUAGUUGAAGUAUUGUGCACAGAAUAUUAUACGUUUAUGCUUGUCAAUCACUUAAGAAUUACAAGAGAAUAACAAUAUGCACCCCAUGAUUUAUUCAUAUUUGUAAAAUGCUGGACAUUUGUUAUUUUUAUACU